GCUUCAAUUCUCUCAUCGGAACAAGGGGCUCGACUGCUCCCGUUUCAGCCUUUGAAAACCCCCCGAAUGCUAUUUGGGUAUAGCCAUUAAAUCGAGAUUAAUCAUUUGGCUUCGAAAUUGCUUACAGGGUAUCUCUAUUUAGGAUAUAUUCUUGUCGUUUUUUUUUCAAUUUUCAAUUGGGUAUUGCUACAUUGGUUAGAAUUGAUAGCUAUCGCAAGUUUUCUUCUGCAAUUCGUACUGUUAUUUUCCCCUACAAUGGCUUCUGUGAAUAUAGCAGUACAAGGGAUAACAAGAAUAGCGAACACCACGAGAAAUCCCAAGUCCUUCAAUUCAAGUCCUGUCGUUCAAGGCCUUUCAAAUUCAUCCAUAGCAAUCGCCAAGCCUAGACGGAGAAGUCAUGCGUCCAGAAAGUCUCAAGUGGGUCUGACAAGUCUUUUCAUGAAUGGGAAGCAAUCUGGAAGAAAUUGGGAAAUGAGGUCAUUAGCAGAAGACCUUGAUGUUAUUCCAGUGCAGAGCAAUGAUGUUGUGGAUCAACAAGAAGGGCGCGUGUUCAUAGCUAAUGAACUGGAGGAUGAUCUGCCUAAAAACCAAGUUGGGGGAUUCAAUGCGGAAGGACGUUUUCAGUUGGAAACUGCAGGUGCCCAAGUGCAAAUUGGAACGGGUUCUCAGAUUUCUCAGAUGGAAAAGGAAGAGGAGAUCAAGCAAAUUGAUAGAACUAUUAAUGCCAUGAUUGUUUUUGCUGCUGGAACAUUUGUUGUCACCAAAAUGCUCACCGUUGACCAUGAUUACUGGCACGGAUGGACCCUCUAUGAGAUUGUUAGAUAUGCUCCUUUGCAUAACUGGGCUGCCUAUGAAGAGGCCUUGAAGACCAAUCCUGUUUUAGCAAAGAUGGUGAUAAGUGGCGCUGUCUAUUCCUUGGGUGAUUGGAUUGCACAGUGCUAUGAAGGCAAACCAAUUUUUGAAUUCGAUCGAACUCGGAUGUUCAGAUCUGGUCUUGUUGGAUUUAGUCUUCAUGGCUCUUUGUCUCAUUAUUACUAUCAUCUUUCUGAGGCUCUAUUUCCUUUCCAGGAUUGGUGGGUGGUGCCUGCAAAAGUGGCCUUUGAUCAAACUAUCUGGGCAGCAAUUUGGAACAGUACUUAUUUUGCAGUUUUGGGUUUGCUGCGGUUUGAAUCGCCAGUUAAUAUUUUCAACGAAUUAAAGACAACAUUUUGGCCUCUUUUGACAGCAGGGUGGAAGCUGUGGCCUUUUGCACACUUGAUAACAUAUGGUGUUGUACCUGUGGAGCAGAGAUUGCUUUGGGUGGAUUGUGUUGAACUUAUCUGGGUUACCAUUCUUUCUAUGUACUCUAAUGAAAAAUCAGAAGCUAGACUUUUAGAAGCAUCUUCUGAAGGAAAUUCUGAUCCUGCAAUGAAUUCUAUAUCAGAUGUUUCCAAGGACCAAUGAAGAGAGUGGCAUCUAUCUGCAAAUACUCUUUGCCUGAAGUGACCUUCAGAUCGGUUGAUACUGGGAGUUGGUAUAGCCAAUGUAGAUUAUAGGUGGAUAGUUCCUUCCGGUGUAUGGAGAAAUUCAGAGGUCUGCCUUGCAGCCAUACAUAUCACAAGUGAAUAAUAACUAUUAACAGCAUUGCCUAUAUCAUGCAUUGAAGGAGUCACUUUCUUGUAAUUAUAAUUUUCUUGUACCAUAUUCCUCGUGAAAGUAGUAUUUUACUGCAAAAUCUAGAGCAAAAAUGACCAAGUCAUGAUCAAUGCUACUGUGGAAAUUCAAUUUGGGGACCUUAAUAAAAUAUGAAGCACACAAUUCUUAGUUC